AUGCAGAAUUCAGGCAGCCCACAACUGGACCUAACUGGGAAGCUGAUCAUCAAAGUGACACUGGGGGAUGACAUCAGGCGUAUUCCCAUUCAUAAUGAAGACAUCACCUAUGAUGAGCUGGUCCUGAUGAUGCAGAGAGUUUACAGAGGGAAGCUGAGUACCAAUGAUGAUAUUACCGUCAAGUACAAGGAUGAAGAUGGUGACCUGAUAACUAUUUUUGACAGUUCUGAUCUUACAUUUGCCAUUCAGUGUAGCCGCAUUUUAAAAAUUACAUUGUUUGUUGGUGGGCCUUCUAAAAAUGUGUUGGAACCAGCAAACACAGCAAAUAUUAGAAGAGAGUUACAGGAGAUCCGAGAUAAAGUCAUUGGACUGUUGGACAGGUUGGAACCUGCAUCUCUCGUGGCCGGUACCCAGGCCCUCAAUAUAGCAGAUGGUAUUUCGGGUAAAGGUGAUUCAUCACGUAAAAUUACUUCUGCUGGAUCUGGAUUGUCUAGAACUGUUAACACUGUUGGAGGAAAGGAAUUUGAUCCACUUUCUGCACAGAAAUCAGUGGAAGAAGCUCAGAGUAAAAUUGCUUCUUCAUUUGGCAUUGAUGGGAAUGUGUCAGGAACAUCUCAGUACGACCGAGCUGCCACACCAGACAGUGUCUCCAGCAUAGGCUCGUCUGCCAGCAACCAAGUCAGAGCUCAGCAGAGUGUGUAUCAG